UUACCAUGUUGUUUAUACUUGAGAUCUGAGUAUAUGUGAGUUAGGUUAUAUAUACAGUAUAUACAGGAUCUUGUUCAAAAAGACAAGUUCAAGAUUUACAUUUUAAAAAGUUUUUGACAACUAAAGUUUCCAUAAAAGAAUGCAGAGUAUUUGAGUCCCAGUAGUGGUGGUCUGUCCAGACCAGGCGUGCGUAUCAAGUGUCCUUUGUGUUAAGAGUUCUUAAGCCGUUGAGCAUUUGUGUUGAAAGCUGAGAGUGACCGGCUGUGAUUGGCUAAGGGAGUUUGCAGCAGUCAAAUAUAAUUCUUUUCACAUCCCCAUCUGAUUGGUUUGGCAUGGGCUAACUGCAAUAGCCCCAUUCCCCAUCCCUGUAUAAGUUGAACAAAGUUUACUACAACUUUUUUUCCAGAGAAGUUAACAUCUCAGUAAUUGACAGUCGCGUGAGGGACAGGAGGGGACCGCAAACAUGAAGCUGUGUCGCACUUUUCUAGAAAAUGAGUUUCGGGGUGAGCUCCUGAAUCAGCGGUGGACGCGAGGCGAGAGGAUCAGCCGCUGCCAGCCCGCACAGAGACUGCAGAGCGGACCAAUCAAAAUGAGUGUGGAGAGUGAUGACAAGCGAAGCACACGUACACGCUCCAAGGGAAUCAGAGUUCCUAUAGAGCUUGUUGGACAAGAGCUGAGCUGCCCCACCCCUGGAUGCAAUGGCUCUGGCCACAUCAGUGGGAGAUAUUCACGACACAGAAGUGUGCUGGGCUGCCCCUUGGCCAGGAAGCGACGUCUGGCAGACGCUGAGGCAGAGCAGGACCAGCCGUCCUCUAAAAGGAAGUCCCACCCUCUAAAGCUGGUCAUGGACGAGGGCUUCAGCAUGGACAGUGAUGGGAGCAGCGAAGAGGCAGAGGAGGAGGCCAAAGAGGAGGAGAAAGAGGAGGACGAGAAGGAGGAGAAGACAGAAGAGCUGACCCAGGAACAGCCACAGCACGAAGAAGAAACCGAGGAGGAGCAGGAGGAAAGGCAGGAGAAGGAGACAGAGGAGGGGGAGAACACAGAUCAGGAAGAGGAGGAGAACACAGAUGCAGCUGAUGCAGAUGAAGAGGAAUGUAUGAUCAUUGAGCCGGUAUCUAGUAAAACAGCUUGCAAAGCUGAAGAGGGGGAAUGGCCUAAGAGAGAGGACUACUCCAGCUACCACCAGAUCCUAGCCAACUCUCUACUCCACCUGGGCGGGGUCCCCGACACCACAGAGACCACCUCACACGAGCCCGUUACCAUGGAGACAGAGGAAGAUGUCACAGCUGUGAAGCACUCCGUUGUGGUAGUGGAACACUCAGAGGCGCAGGAGGAAGAGGAGGAGGGACAGGAGGAGGAAGAGGAGGAGCAGCAACCUGCAGAGAAAGAGGAGGAGGAGGAGGAAGAGGAGGAAGAGGAGGAGGAAGAGGAAGAUGAGGAAGAGGAGGAGGAUGAGGAGGGAAGUGUUAAAGUAAGUGAAGAACCUUCUGUUGUAGAUAGGGUGGAGGAGGAGGAGGAGGAGGAGGAGGAGGAGGAGGAGGAGGAAGAUGAGAUUGAGGAGGCUAGAGAGGCUGUGACACAGAGAACCUUUGACCACCCAUACUUCACUGGAGACAUCCACCAGCAGCAGGACAAGGCUGAGGAAGAUGAAGAGGAGGAAGAGUAUGAAGAGGAGAGAAGGGAAGCAAAGCUCCAGCCACAUGAGAUACUAGAGGAAGAGGAGGAGGAGGAGGAGGAUGAAGAUGACAUUGAGGAGGUGGACGUGAGAGUGCACCCUGUCUUCCUGCCCACCACCAUCACUGCAGCAGCUCAGGGACCAGCAACACAGAGGGAGAGAGAAGAGCACAGGGCCAGGACUACAGAGGAUUACAUCUCCCACAGGACCAGCCACCUAGAGAACUACAACCCCCACAGGACCAGCCCACUGGAGAACUACAACCCCCACAGAGUCAGCCCCUUACAGCACUACACCUCCCAUAAGGCUUCAGCAGCCUCUGACAUCAUCGAGGUGCGUUCAGAGGAUUCGGGUAGGGACUACGAUGAAGAAGAUGGUGAUGAGGAGGAAGAAGAUGACAGUUUGUCUCAGAGGUGGACAGAUGAGUCAGAGAUGUAUGAUAUGACCCGGGGCAACCUGGGGCUUCUGGAGCAGGCCAUCGCCCUGAAGGCAGAACAGGUGAAGGGGCCUCGCGACCUCCUCCUCCUCCGUCACCCCGUCGUCACCCCGGAGCACCACCACCGCUACUUCACCAUGGACGACCGGCCCAAACACCUGGACACCAUGCGCAAGAGCUACUUCAGCAGUAAAGCUGUCUCUACAGAGGGCAGCAGGCCAGAGAAGAGGGAGAUCAAAUGCCCCACCCCUGGCUGUGACGGGACUGGUCAUGUUACUGGACUCUACCCCCACCACCGCAGCCUGUCUGGCUGUCCUCACAAGGACAGGAUCCCCCCUGAGAUCCUGGCCAUGCAUGAGAACGUGCUGAAGUGUCCGACUCCAGGCUGCACCGGACAGGGCCAUGUCAACAGCAACCGCAACACCCACCGCAGUUUGUCAGGAUGCCCCAUCGCAGCCACAGAGAAGCUGUCCAAGAGCCACAACCUUGACAAGCAGCAUCUCUCCCAGCCAAUCAGAGAGCACCUCAAAGAAAGUCCCAACAACAAUGACAGAGUUUUAAGGCCCAUGUGUUUUGUGAAGCAGCUGGAAGUACCUCACUAUGGGCAGUACAGGCCCAAUAUGGUGCCUGCCACACCUCGUGCCAACCUGGCCAAGGAGCUGGAGAAGUACUCCAAGGUCUCCUUUGAUUAUGCAAGCUUCGACUGUCAGGUGUUUGGGAAACGCAUGCUUGCUCCAAAGAUACCGACCAGCGAAGCCUCACCCAAAGCCUUCAAAUCUAAACUCUCGUCCCCCAAGUCUUCUUCUCCCAACCUCAGCCUGCAUGGAGGUUAUGGAAAGACUGCCUCCUCUUCUGCCUACGACUACUCCCAUGAAGCCCAGGCAGCCCACAUGGCUGCCACCGCUAUCCUAAACCUGUCCACACGCUGCUGGGAGAGGCCUGAGAACCUGAGCACCAAGCACCAGGACUUGGCUAGCAAGAGCAUGGACAUCGAGGUGGACGAGAAUGGGACUCUUGACCUGAGCAUGAAGAAGCCCGUCAAACGAGAGGGCACCAGCCCUGGGGUAUGUUCCCCGGACCCCUCCUCCUCCUCAUCCUCCCUGCACCACGGAAGCAGCAGUGGCAUGACCUCGCCCCACACGGGCCACGCCUACAAACAGGAACACUGGGAGGAGCCUCUGGACUACACCAAACCUAACCGCCAGCGGGAGGAGGAUACAGAGGAGAUGGAGCACCACACAGCGCAGUCGUUUGCCUCGUCCGACCCUGAGGACAUGGACCUGAUGCAGGACUACCCCGAGGAGAGGAAGUACCCUGGAGAGGUCACCACCCCAAAUUUCAAGGUCCAGUUUCAACAGCCAAAGGAUUGCAAGAAAGAUGUGCUCCUGUGCCCCACUCCUGGCUGUGACGGCAGUGGCCACAUCACCGGAAACUAUGCAUCCCAUCGCAGUCUGUCUGGGUGUCCUCUUGCUGAUAAGAGUCUUCGGUCCCUCAUGGCGACCCACUCUGCUGAACUCAAGUGCCCCACUCCAGGAUGUGAUGGUUCAGGACAUAACACUGGAAACUACGCCUCCCACAGAAGUUUGUCUGGGUGCCCCCGUGCCAAGAAAGGUGGAUUAAAAACAUCUCCCACCAAGGACGACAAGGAGGACUCCGAGCUCUUAAAAUGCCCUGUGCCUGGCUGUGACAGCCUAGGUCACAUCAGUGGGAAGUACGCCACGCAUCGCAGUGCCUAUGGGUGCCCGCUGGCUGCCCGCAGGCAGAAGGAAGGGAUGCUCAACGGUAACCCCUUUUCCUGGAAGGCCUUCAAGACGGAGGCCCCCACCUGCCCCACCCCCGACUGCGAUGGAUCAGGACAUGCCAACGGCAGCUUUCUCACACACCGCAGUCUCUCUGGCUGUCCCAGAGCCUCCUUUGCCAAGAAGAAAGCCAAGUUCCCUGGAGAGGAGUACCUGAGCACCAAGUUCAGGGCCAGUGGCGUUCUGGAUAAUGACGAGGACAUGAAGCAACUCAACAAGGAGAUCAAUGAGCUCAACGAGACCAACAACGAAAUGGAGACAGACAUGGUGAACCUGCAGACACAGAUCUCAUCCAUGGAGAAGAACCUGAAGAACAUUGAGGAUGAGAACAAGCUGAUUGAGGAGCAGAAUGAGGCUCUCUUCGUGGAGCUAUCUGGCCUCAGCCACGCCUUGAUCCGCAGCCUGGCCAACAUACGUCUCCCACACAUGCAGGAGCCAAUCACUGAGCAGAAUUUCAACAGCUACUUGAGCACCCUGACUGACAUGUACACCAACAAGGAGUGCUUCCAGAACCCGGAGAACAAGGCUCUGCUGGAGAGCAUCAACAAGGCUGUGAAGAGCAUCAAGGUGUGAAAACCUUGAAAAAAAAAAAGUGAAAACAUGUAAAAGGAGAGAUGGAGUCAAGAGACCACAGUAUAUUUACCGAGAAUACAAAUACAAAAAGGGCAUUCAGGUUUUAUAAACGACAACUUAAAUUAAACCCAGGGAGCAUUCUGAAAAGAAGAAAAACUUAACUAGGACCAAAAUCCAAACCUGCUGCUUGCUGGGAUCGGAAGGAGGAAGUGGAACGGAACCAAAUCCUUCAGUUUGAAUUGAUGAAAAAAAAAUCUAUAUCUGGGGAUUUGUUUGUUUGUUAUAUGUUAUCUUUGUCGUUUUCAUGUCUGUCCUGUUUUGGAGGUGUCUCAUUGACUGUCCCAAUGUAUACUGUAAUUCAAGCUUUACUUCAGCAACAAUUUGGAGAAGAAAGAAAGAAAGAAAGAUGGGAAGUAGUGGGUCUGACCUGCCUACAUGAGGUGAAGAAAACCGUUGAGGAAAUAUCAAAAACCAAGCCGAUGAAACGCCAACGUUGUGUUCUAGGGAAGACACUAAGGCUUCAUUCAGAAAGGUUGCUCUGGGGCAGGAUAAGGAGGGUUGCUCUGGGGCAGGAUAAGGAGGGUUGCUCUGGGGCAGGAUAAGGAGGGUUGCUCUGGGGCAGGAUAAGGAGAGCGUGCUUGUGAGCGGUGCAGCAACCCCUAUUGAGGAGAAGCAAAUGGAGAAUCACUGAACUCUGAGGUCUUCUUGAGCAAUGGUUCAUGUACUUAUUGUUGUUACUACUGCAGCAAGAUGUCAACACGGCUCUCUCUCUCAAAUCAGCGGAACAACUCUUCAAAUGAAGAUUAAGUCACAAAUCACGGGGGAGUUUUUCUCUUCUGAAAAUCAACAGUACAGCCUGUACUAUAUUUUUAAUGGAACAACUCGUGUGUGAGAGCAGCAAAUACAGCCUUUUUUCUUUGAACUGAAUGAUGAUAGUAAUGGUCAAUUCCAGUUAGUUUUAUGAACAUAGAAAUUGCACUUCAUUUCAAUGAAUAGUUUGUGGUACAAUAAUUCUUGUUAUAUAAAUUUAAAACAUUUGUGAAUGCACAAAAUUGUAAUUUAUUGCCAUUUUAUGUUCAACUACUUGUAUUUAUUUAAUGUUAUCUAUUUAUUCACUUUAUUUUUUUGUUUUGUGAAACACAAAAUGCAACCCUGCUGGUCUAAUCAUGGCCAUAAAGAUUUAAAACAGGGAGUCUUCGACAUCAAUAUUUAAAAAUCUAUAUAGAUAACUGUUCACACUUAAUUAUUUUAUAUAUCUUAUUUUAUUUUAAAUAUUUUUUUUUAACAUUUUUAAGUGCAGAUAUUUUAUAACUGACAAAGUUUUGAUAAUUUUAUAAAACUGUUUUCAUUUCUGUUAUUUCUGUUAUGAUAAAGUAUCUUCAGAAAAUCCACGGCUUAAAAAGAAAGUAUGUAUUUAUUAUUUAUUUAAUAUUGAGGAAAUUGACUGUCAUAUGGUUGUAUAUUUAUUUAGUCAUUUCUGUGUGUGCUGUGAUGGCUGAGUCUUAGUAGUCUUAAAAUCCAUUGCUAAUAUUUAAAUAAAGAAAAAAACAUGGCCCGAAAGAAAAUCAUAGAAUAUUGUUUGAUUUGCUUUCAUAGAUAUACCAGCAGUUAUUCCUAAGCAGAAUAACCAACAAAAACAGUCACUGUUCUGAUGGUAUCAGAUUGUCUUUGUGUCAGCAAGGAGUUGUUUGCGUUUUGUCAGGAAAAAUAAGACCAAGAAAAUAGAAGGAUAAUAUGUUUCUUCCCCGAGCGCUUUGUAGUGGCCAACACUGGCUAACCCAAAACAUCUUUAAUGUACCAGAGAUGUUUUAAUGCCUUUUGAUCAACUAUUUUUUCUCUGUUUAUUCUUUUCUCUAAAUGUCUUGGGCAGAAGCUCCAUAGAGCUCUGUUCCAGUGUGUUCUAGAGCUCUGUUCAAGUGUGUUCUAGAGCUCUGUUUCAGUGUGUUCUAGAGCUCUGUUCCAGUGUGUUCUAGAGCUCUGUUCAAGUGUGUUCUAGAGCUCUGUUCGAGUGUAUUCUAGAGCUCUGUUCAAUUGUGUUCUAGAGCUCUGUUCCAGUGUGUUCUAGAGCUCUGUUCCAGUGUGUUCUAGACUAGAUGUCUGUGUCUAAAACACUUUAAGGAAAAACUAAACCAUCAAGGAGAAUGACAACUAAUAUCAGAUCCACUACGCCCAUGUAGCCUUAUUUUAGAUUUCAUUUGUUGAUGCACAAAGUGCCACAAACCCCUCACUUUCUUUCCUGAUUCUUUGCAUUCUGCAAUGUACAAUGUCUAGUCACGUGACAUGACCAGGGCGUCAGACCGAGAGUUGGGAUUGUUUCAGAUGCCUUUGUUUCUUUGCCAAGAUGGCCAUAAGUACACUGUAUAUACAUUCUGUAUAAAUAGACAUUUAAAAGCUAUAUGAAUAGAAACAUGCAUAUAUUUUUCCAGUGUAAUUGUUGCCUCUUUUCCUCUUCUGUUAGCUUAUCAGAGGAACUACACCUGUCUGAGAGUUGUGACGAAUAGAGGCGGAUAUGACUGUGGCUUUUUAGGUUUCCUUUUCUAUGGAUUUCUCUCUAUCUUUGAUCCAGACAUGGUGAAAAUGCUAAUGCAUGUUGUAGUGAAUCUGAAAUGCUAACGCAUGUUGUAGUGAAUCUGAAAUGCUAAUGUAUGUUGUAGUGAAUCUGAAAUGUCUGUAAUCUUAACUAAAUGGUUGGCUCUUCGUUCAAGUGUCCUGUGAGUGAGUUCAUGCAUAGAGGCCUCUUUGGUCACAUUGGCGUUAUAUUGUGCAGUACUGUGUCGUUGUGAUAAGAUUAUGAUAAGGUCAGCUCUCAAACACAGAUCACAACGUUAAAAAGCCAAUAGGGAAAGUGUAGUACUUGCUCUGAGUGAUCUGUUGCAACUAGUAGGAGACCCUGUGAUAAUAUGAUGAGGUAACCUAGUGGGAGACCCUGUGAUAAUAUGAUGAGGUAGCCUAGUGGGAGACCCUGUGAUAAUAUGAUGAGGUAGCCUAGUGGGAGACCCUGUGAUAAUAUAAUGAGGUAGCCUAGUGGGAGACCCUGUGAUAAUAUGAUGAGGUAGCCUAGUGGGAGACCCUGUGAUAAUAUAAUGAGGUAGCCUAGUGGGAGACCCUGUGAUAAUAUGAUGAGGUAGCCUAGUGGGAGACCCUGUGAUAAUAUAAUGAGGUAGCCUAGUGGGAGACCCUGUGAUAAUAUGAUGAGGUAGCCUAGUGGGAGACCCUGUGAUAAUAUAAUGAGGUAGCCUAGUGGGAGACCCUGUGAUAAUAUGAUGAGGUAGCCUAGUGGGAAACCCUGUGAUAAUAUAAUGAGGUAGCCUAGUGGGAGACCCUGUGAUAAUAUGAUGAGGUAACCUAGUGGGAGACCCUGUGGUAAUAUAAUGAGGUAGCCUAGUGGGAGACCCUGUGAUAUUAUGAUGAGGUAGCCUAGUGGGAGACCCUGUGAUAAUAUGAUGAGGUAGCCUAGUGGGAGACCCUGUGAUAAUAUGAUGAGGUAGCCUAGUGGGAGACCCUGUGGUACUAUAAUGAGGUAGCCUAAUGGGAGACCCUGUGAUAAUGGGUAGUGUAAUUAGCUUUCAGAAAGUGUAAUGAAACUCUCUUGUGUAUUUUUUUUAAACCAUUGAAAGUGCCAGCAUUUGAGUAUGGACUUCUAAUAGCACACUGGGUUAUGGCCACUAGGAAUGUACUGGUACUCACCCCAGCAGAGUGAGAAGAAGAGAAACAAAGACCUGCAUAUUCACCCUGUUUGUGUUUUAAUGUACAGUACAAGUCAAAAGUUUAGACACACCUACUCAUUCAAAGUUUUUCUUUAUUUUGACUAUUUUCUACAUUGUAGAUUGUAGAAUAAUAGUGAAGGCAUCAACACUUUGAUCAACACUUUGAUAUAACGCAUAUGGAAUCAUGUAGUAACCAAAAAAAAGUGUUAAACAAAUCAAAUUUUAUUUUAGAUUGCAGAAUCUUCUAAGUAGACACCCUUUGCCUUGAUGACAACUUUGCCAACUCUUAGCAUUCUCUCAACCAGCUUCACCUGGAAUGCUUUACCAACAGUCUUGAAAGAGUUCCCAGAUAUGCUGAGCACUUGUUGGCUGCUUUUCCUUCACUAUGCAUUCCAACUCAUCCCAAACCAUCUCAAUUGGUUUGAGGUUGGUGACUGUAGAGGCGAGGUCACCUGAUGCAGCACUCCAUCACUCUCCUUGGUCAAAUAGCCCUUACACAGCCUGGAGGUGUGUUUUGAGUCAUUGUCCUGUUGAAAAAGAAAUGAUAGUCCCACUAAGCGCAAACCAGAUGGGAUGGUGUAUCGCUGCAGACUGCUGUGGUAGCCAUGCUGAUUAAGUGUGCCUUGAAUUCUAAAUAAAUCACAGAGAGUGUCACCAGCAAAGCACACCCACACCAUCAUACCAUCCACAUCCUCGUCCAUGCUUCACGGUGGGAACCACACAUGCAGAGGUCAUCCGUUCACAUACUCUGCAUCUCACAAAGAUAUGGAGGUUGGAACCAAAAAUCCCACAUUUGGACUCAUCAGACCAAAGGACAGAUUUCCACCAGGUGUGUCCAUUGCUGGUAUUUCUUGGUCCAAGCAAUUCUCUUCUUAUUGGUGUCCUUUAGUAGUGGUUUAUUUGCACCAAUUUGUCCAUGAAGGCCUGAUUCAAGCAGUCAGUUGAUGUUGAGAUGUGUCUUUGACUUGAACUCUGUGAAGCAUUUAUUUGGGCUGCAAUCAGAGGUGAAGUUAACUCUAAUGAACUUAUUCUCUGCAGCAGAGGUAACUCUGGGUCUUCCUUUCAAAUCAAAUCAAAGUUUAUUUGUCACGGGCACAGUUGAAAUGCUUACUUACAGGCUCUAACCAAUGGUGAGAUGUUUUGGGAUGAGUUGGAAUGCAGAGUGAAGGAAAAGAAGCCAACAAUUACCCAGCAUAUGUGGGAACUCUUUCAAGACUGUUGGAAAGGCAUUCCAGGUGAAGCAGGUUGAGAGAAUGCUGGUUCCUGUGGUGGUCCUCAUGAGAGCCAGUUUCAUCAUAGCACUUGAUGGUUUUUGCAACUGCACUUGAAGAAACUUUCAAAGUUAUUGAAAUGUUCUGUAUUGACUGACAUUCGUGUCUUAAAGUAAUGAUGGACUAUCAUUUCUCUUUGCUUAUUUGAGCUGUUCUUGCCAUAAUAUGGACUUGGUCUUUUACCAAAUAGGGCUAUCUUCUGUAUACCACCCCUACCUUGUCACAACAGAACUGAUUGGCUCAAACGCAUUAAGAAGGCAAUAAAUUCCUAAUAAGGCACGUCUGUUAAUUGAAAUGCAUUCUAGGUGACUACCUAAUGAAGCUGGUUGAGAGAAUGCCAAGAGUGUGCAAAGCUGUCAUCAAGGCAAAGUGCCUACUUUGAAAAAUGUCAAAUAUACAAUAUAUUUUGAGUUGUUUUAACACUUUUUUUUGGUUACUAUAUGAUUCCAUAUGUGCUAUAUCAAAGUGUUGAUGUAUUCACUAUUAUUCUACAAUGUAGAAAUUAGUUUAAAAAAUAAGAGAAAACCCCUUGAAUGAGUAGCUGCGUCCAAACUUCUGACUGAUAAUGUAAAUCCAAACACCGUUUGAGAUGUAUAAUUCCCUUUGCAUCAGUGUCCGGAGUGUUUGAUUCAAUUAAUGCUAUCGCGUGUUUACACAUGGCAGUAAUACUUUUCAGACCAAAAUCUUUUGAUCAUCCCCUCUGCCGGGGCGGCAGGGUUGCCUAGUGGUUAGAGCGUUGGACUAGCAAGUUCAAACCCCCGAGCUGACAAGGUACAAAUCUGUUGUUCUGCCCCUGAACAGGCAGUUAACCGACUGUUCCUAGGCCAUCAUUGAAAAUAAGAAUUUGUUCUUAACUGACUUGCCUAGUUAAAUAAAGGUAAAAUAAAUAGAGGGGAUGCAGGGUUUGUGCUCGCAGGUUACUGGAAAGAACUGACUAAAUCUACAAAAUAAAUACGAUACUAAGACACUAGCCAAAGCAUGCAGCGAUAGCAGGGAUUGACUCAAAGCCCUCCAAGUGAAGAGAGAGGAACGUGUGGGAGUGGAGAUUGAUUUGCAGCUCUAGAGGUCUCCCUCUUGGUUUGAGAGAGAGAGAGAGAGGAACGUGUGGGAGUGGAGAUUGAUUUGCAGCUCUAGAGGUCUCCCUCUUGGUUUGAGAGAGAGAGAGAGGAACGUGUGGGAGUGGAGAUUGAUUUGCAGCUCUAGAGGUCUCCCUCUUGGUUUGAGAGAGAGAGAGGAACGUGUGGGAGUGGAGAUUGAUUUGCAGCUCUAGAGGUCUCCCUCUUGGUUUGAGAGAGAGGCGUUUGUUACAUAAAUAUGUGUCCAUCACUCAGAAUGUCAAAACCUUUAAAGGCUUUUGUCUCGUGUGACUUUUCCUCAGGAAGGAGUUCUUGAUACAUUUGAUUAAGAAAGUAGCUUAUUCUUCCACCUCCCUUUAAUGCACAUACCGACUACAAUACAAGAGUAUACAGAUUACGAUUAUUCUCAUAUCUCAUUCGAUAUGGUAUGACUCCUUUUAAACUGCUUGAACUGCACUGAGAUGUAAGAUUAAAUGGCUAAAUGGCAGUCCAACACAUUUAUAAAGCUAGGUACAACACGUAAUAUAAUCAAGUGUUAACAACAACAGCUUGUUCAUUUGAUAAUGAGUGAUGAACAUAUUCUUCCUAUAAAGAGUUCCUGUCUUCUGUAUUUGUAAUGUUUUAGUAUUUUCCUAAAUGGCCAAUUGUCAUGGGAUAGAAGCACUGAAAAUUUGGACUGUGUCAAAUUGGCACAGAGUAGAGUGUGUAAAUACAUGGUCAUGUUACGCCAGCCAAUGUAACUCUGUGUUGACAGUUUUUAUUUAUUUUUAUAAACUGUCUCUGUUCGCUCUGAUCAAACGUGAUCACACUGAAUAAUGCAGAAUAUAAAACCAAUGAUCUAAUAUCUCAGUUUGUGGUAGGCCAGGGUAUACAAAGUUUCUUAGUGUCCUCUCUUUAAUGACCUUUGACCUUCCUUCAUCAGUUAAAGUGAGGACAGACAGAGUAGAGUACCCUGUAAACAUGAGAAAAGAUAGCCCAAAGCACCCUAUUCUGAGAUUGGUACUGUACACAUCUGAAGGCCCCUGAGAAUGGUCCCCUGAUUCUGUUCUGUCCAGCAAAGGAGGUAGCCAAUCAUUAGGUGCCUAUACUUCAAACAAUAUUAUCCAAUUUAAAAACACAAAACAUAACAAAUCAAAGUAGAUCACAUACAUACCACACUAACAUUCCCAGGAGAAUCAUAUCUGGUAGAAUGGUAAAAAGGUGUCAUUUAGCUAAUCAAACCAAAACCUCUGUAGGUACUGUAGCUUAAAGCUGUGUGCUUUUAUCAUGUGUGCCUUUCUCUCUCCACUCAUUGCAGGCAAAGGUAUGUUUACAUUUGAAGAAGCUGGCUCAAAUCCUGCUCAGGAGGUUGGCAGGGGUGAAGACAAAAUGUUCAGGGGGUCAGGGAGGAUUGGGGGGGCUAUUUUAAAAAAGAAGAAAGAAUAUUAAAUGUGUCUUUGACAGGCAGGAGAAGAUACUAUUGCUGUUGCCGUGGUGACACAUUCAUGUUGUUACAGAGACACAAAACAUCAAUACGAUAUAAUGGUAAAGAAACUGUGAUCUAAUUACGAUGAUUCAGGUAUCCAACUGCAUGGUCGAUUUCUGUGAAGGAAAUAUCCAAAUGAGCAUAACCUUUAUUAUAGACAAUGCAUUAGUGUUUAGGGCAUUAUUUUGAAGAAUAAUUGUUUUUUUUUUAAGUCUCUGUACAUAUUUGUAUUUAAGGAACAAUGUUAUUGUUGUUGUAUUAACAAAAAUUUGAGAGAAAAAAAAAGUUUGUGACUAAAUGCACAGCCAAGGGUUGUCCUGCUAGCCCAUUUUUACAGAGAUGAGCUAUUUUUACUGGGGAUUUUCUAGGCAUUCAUAUUAUUAAUACCCUUUUGAAAAUUACAAACUUCCAAAAUUACAAGCACUUCCACAAUGAUAGAUAGUAAGGAUUUUUGUUACUUUUGUAGAGGUGAUUGUUCUUUUGCUACUAUUUUGUAAAGCAGGACAGGCCUUGGCUGCACGGCCUCUGGGUCUCCUGUUUUCUUUUGGAGGUUAACUCUGUAGUUGGGCUGAAAUUGUGACUCUGUGUUUGUGUACUUGUGUACAUGUUCCCAUGUUCCUGUGUCAGUAUUAUAAACAAGAUAAGAGAUGUCAGUUAUUGUGGGGGUAUCAACCAUGUUAUCUAUGGAAAACAUUAAUAAAGAAUUAUAGACAAGUG